GCGAAGAACUUCUCCUGUCUGAGCUUGGGGACGGGUCGCGUCAGACUUACGCCACUAACGCUAAAACAACUAAAUCUCCACCAUGACUUCCACGCUUGUCAAUGUGGCCAAGGCUGCCCUGGCGUCGGUGCCCAAACAAGCCAAAGUUGCAGUUCCCACUGUCCUCAGCCAGCGAUCCUACUCUGCUGACAAGCGUAUUGAGGUGGCCAACCCUGUUGUUGAACUCGAUGGCGAUGAGAUGACCCGUAUCAUCUGGGAGAAGAUCAAGGAAUCUCUGAUCUUCCCUUACCUCAAGAUCGACUGCAAGUACUAUGAUCUCGGCCUCCCUUAUCGCGAUCAGACUGACGACCAGGUCACCAUCGAUGCUGCUUAUGCCAUUAAAAAGUACAAUGUUGGAAUCAAGUGUGCCACAAUUACCCCUGAUGAGCAGCGUGUGGAAGAAUUCAAGUUGAAAAAAAUGUGGCUAAGUCCCAAUGGUACCAUCCGUAACAUCUUGGGUGGCACUGUAUUCCGUGAACCCAUCCUCUGCGAGACCAUUCCUCGUCUUGUACCCGGCUGGACCCAGAGUAUCAUCAUUGGCAGACAUGCCCACGGAGACCAAUACAAGGCUACUGAUGUAGUCAUUCCCAACAAUGGAACUGUGGAGCUGGUCUACACCCCAGAGGGUGGUCAGCCAGAGAGGAUGAAGGUCUUUGACUUCAAGAAUGGUGGCGGUGUUACGAUGGCCAUGUAUAACACAGACGAGUCUAUCCGUUCCUUCGCACACUCAUCCUUCCAGGUUGCUUUGGGAAAGGGCUGGCCCCUGUACAUGUCCACCAAGAAUACCAUUCUCAAGCGCUAUGACGGCCGCUUCAAGGACAUCUUCGAGGAAAUUUAUGAGGCUGAAUACAAGAAAGAAUUUGACGCAAAGGGCAUCUGGUAUGAGCACCGCCUUAUUGACGACAUGGUUGCACAAGCACUGAAGUCUAGUGGUGGCUUUGUUUGGGCUUGCAAGAACUACGACGGUGAUGUCCAGUCUGAUGUUGUUGCUCAGGGUUAUGGUUCUUUGGGUCUCAUGACCUCUGUGCUUAUGUGCCCUGAUGGCAAGACCAUUGAGUCCGAGGCUGCUCAUGGAACUGUAACAAGACAUUACCGUGAGCACCAGAAGGGUAACAACACCUCGACCAACCCUGUUGCUUCCAUCUUUGCAUGGACUCGAGGCCUUGAACAUCGUGCCAAGCUUGAUGGCACUCCUGAGCUUGCCAGAUUUGCGCAGGCCCUGGAGCUUGCUUGUGUUGAUACUGUGGAUGCUGGCCAAAUGACCAAGGAUCUGGCUGGCUGUAUCCAUGGCAUCAGGAAUGUGAAGGAUGGCAUGUACCUCUACACCAAUGACUUCUUGGAAGCCAUCCGUGAGAACCUUGCAAAGAAGAUGGCAGCAUAAAUCCACCAAUUCAUCAAUCGCCUCAUGUUAGCAGCUCCCUUUCAUCUGUCCUACUAUAGCAAUAUGAAUGAAGACCCUAUAAUUUUUUUUUUCUUUGUAAAAUAAGACUUUUGACAAUGAUCCUCUUCAUACAAUCCUAUGUAGGACACGAUAAGGAUGUGUUGGUACAAAUCCUCAAUCAUCACAAACAUGUUGAAUCCUUCUGAAGUAACAACUGAUAAUUUAACCAUUUUAAUACUUCAGUCAGGGUAAAAUCAUUUCCCAUAUACACUUCACAAUGGGAUUCCAGUUACAUUUUGCUUUCAGAAAUGCCAUGUAUACAUUCUUUUUCAUAAAAUGUGUGGAUAUUUCAUACAUGUGGCAAGCUAAUAAUGAUCAAUGGAAAUGGUCAAGCAGAGAUUGUAAUGAGUUGUGUAGUGAACCUGGAACCUUGUGAUUAUAGGUGGUGACUGCAAAUAAUGGCAAAACUUUUUAUAACAGCACAUAAAAAAAUUGCACAUUCUAUAAAUAACAAAUUUUUACAAGUUGAUAAUGUUACUGCAUCAUAAUUAUGCAAAUCUUUAGCCUUGUUCAAACGAAUGGUUUGGUUUGUUUUACAUGUGACUUGUAACUGCCACUUACAAUCCAGCCACAAAUAUCAGAUGAGCAAUACUGCAAAAAGAUAAGACAUUACAACAAAUUUCCCUAAUCCCCAUUACUGUAUGUCCCCCAAUAGCUGCAAAUUUUCUCCAAAGUACAGAUACAACUAGAAUCUAUGCAGAAAUUUACUUGAUUAGGGUAGCACCCGUGGUGUCAAAACCGCAGUGGAAUAAAAAUUUGAAUAUAAUUUUCAACUACAUAGACAUGAGUAUAUUUAGUCAUUCCAGACAGGUGAUGUAAAUGAAUAAUAUAAAUCAUAAUUACAA